AUAGAAGUUCUUGUGUACUCAACGACAAAGAAAUUCUUUAAGUUUAUCUACAUGUAUUGAACAUAUCGGAUCUAGCGUGGUUAAAAUUUCGAAUCAUAACACAUUUUUUUUUCUAUUUCUUGACUUGUUCAAUGAUAACACAGAUUAAACGAUAUCAGAUGAAUGCCGCUCAGGGAAGUAUGACCAAGAUUCAAAAGAAAACAUAACGAUUUAAUUAAUUAAUUUCUCUCAAAAUUGGAAUUUUCAUUAGUAUAUUUACACGAAUCUGUACCUGAUGUUCAGAAUGUUAAACUGAAAAGUCUUAAAAGAUUCAAGUCAACAUAAUUUCUAGAUUUUUAAAACUCUGAAAAUUUCUUUGAUCUUUUGAAAAAAGCUCCUUCAAUUAAAAAUUAAGCUCUCAUGACUGAAUAGGUGACACGUAUCCACAAGAUACUAUGUUCCAGAGACCGUCAUCAGGACAAAUACAAAUUAUUUUACCGUGGUAAAUUAUGUACUAAUCUUUAUAUGAGAGAUGUUUGUUUAGUUAAAAUUUUCAAUCUUUUAUACAAUAUGAUAUAAGACGUCGGUAUAAGCUAAUCAUGCUGAUGUUUCAUUGACUAGAUAUUUUAGCGACAAUUUUUACAAUUCGCUAUUGAUUAUCAUUUGUUUCGUGUGAACAGAAAGAGAGAAUACAAUAGUCAGAUGAUCGUUUUUUUUUCUGAUUCGAACCAGAGAUCGUCAUCAUUAUAGCUGUUCAUUGGAGGAUAUCUUGGUUUUACUCAUACUAAAAAGCCAAAACAUGGGACUAAAAAGAAUUGUUUCUUUAUCAAGAAUGAAUAUUAGUAAUGUCAUUUUUACUCGAUUAUAAUGUGACACUUUAAUUAUCAAUUUUUAUUAAUUAAUAUUUAUCAAUGAGUUUUAACCGGUAUAGGAAAUUUGAAAAAAUCCUUGAAAUUAGAAAAAGCCUAUUUGAAUGAAUUUUAAACAGAAUUAUGGUCCUUUUUAUGCAUGGAUAAUAUUCUUUUUAACAUAAUAUAAAAAAAUAUAUGAGUGUGAUCAAAAUUUUUCGUUAGAUUAUCAAUCUAUUCCAUACUCGACCGCAGUUUAUAUCAGCUGUGAUGGUCUUUGUUAUGUUCACACAUCAGUACAAUCAGCCAUGGAAUGAUUCUGAACAAGUCCCUAACGAUUGCCCUCUCUCGACUGACUCAUCGUUUUCAUGAGAACUCUACACUAGGCUGAUUUUCCAUUCAGAGCUAUUGAAUCUGUCAUUAAGCAACGCACCCUAUUCCAAGAUAGAAUUGAAGACCUGCUAGAUAAUUUUUACGCUUGAAAAUAAUAGAAGACUCGGAAUCUCUUCCAUUGCAGAUACAAGAUUUAAUUCAAAUAUUUUAUCCCUCUUGUCGUUAUUUAGUCUACAAAAAUUUCUCACCAUAAUUGUUAUGAAAUUUUUUUUGUUUUUUUUUCAUUAUAGUCAAGAUGGAAUAACACCCAUUCAAAUUCGAUCAAUUGAAUAUUUAUUCGAUGUAAUGUCUACUAAUAAAUCUCCUGAGAAAAAUUUAUCAAAAACAACAUUUAGUUGUGCAAUACUUUCUCUUUUUCCUCGUAUUCAACUUGACAUUGCUGAUACAAUUAUAAAAACAAUGUUUAAUGAUGCUCGUCUUAAUGGUGAACGUCUUUCAAUAAUGAUUAAAUGUUUAAUUGAAUUAAUUGAUGCACCUAUACAACUUAUUCAACAUAUGCCAUAUGAAACAUGGAUAACUGGUCUUUGUACAGCAUUAGUAAAAUUUAAUCAACAUGAAUAUCUUAUAAAAAUAAUUGAUGAAACAACAUUAUUUCUUAUUGAUCAUUUAUUCUAUUUUGAAACUUAUGAUAAUGCAAUACAAAUUCUUUUUUGGUUUGUUCGUUAUGAUAAACGUAUACAAACAUUUCGAUAUAUACUUAAUCGUUUAUCAAGUUUAUUUGAACAAUUAAAAAUAAAUAAUAAUGAUGAUCUUAAAACAAAAAUUAUUGAAUUAUGUCAUAUGGGUAUUGCUAUACAUUCUGAAUAUGAUUUAUCAAAUGAAAUAAUAUUAAAACAAAUUUUUCAUAGUUUUCCACAACCUGAUUUAAAUAUUUUAUUAAAUCAUAAAAAUAUUCAUGCAAAAUUUCAUUCAAUUAAUUUUGAAAAUGAUAAUAAAAUUAAAAAUCGUCUAGGUAUUAUUAAUUUGGGUAAUACAUGUUAUGUUAAUUCUGUAUUACAAGCUUUAUAUCAAUGUGAUUUAUUUCGAAAAUAUAUUCUUGAACAUCAAUUUAAUGAACAAAUUGUACUAAGAGAAUUACAAAUUAUUUUUGCUCAACUUAAUCUAUCAAAACGACCUUAUAUAAAUGCAGCUAAUCUUGUAAGUUUAAUUUAA